GGCCCUUUAUUCGCUACCUGCUACUAUCAAACUUUCGCGACCCAGCUCCCUCGACAACUUUCUUGCAUCGCCAGCAGCAAGCAGCAUCACCUCCAUAAACCAGCCAAGAUGGGUCGUCUUCACAGCAAGGGCAAGGGCAUUUCGUCCUCCGCCAUCCCCUACUCCCGCUCCGCUCCCUCGUGGCUCAAGACCACCCCCGAGCAGGUCGUCGACCAGAUCUGCAAGCUGGCCAAGAAGGGUGCCACUCCCUCCCAGAUCGGUGUUGUCCUGCGUGACUCCCACGGCAUCUCCCAGGUCAAGGUCGUCACUGGUAACCGAAUUCUGCGAAUUCUCAAGUCCAACGGCCUCGCUCCCGAUAUCCCUGAGGACCUGUACAUGCUGAUCAAGAAGGCUGUCGCUGUCCGCAAGCACCUUGAGCGCAACCGCAAGGACAAGGACUCCAAGUUCCGCCUCAUUCUCAUCGAGUCCCGUAUCCACCGUCUGGCCCGCUACUACAAGACCGUCGGUGUCCUGCCCCCCACCUGGAAGUACGAGUCCGCUACUGCCAGCACCAUUGUCGCUUAAGCGAGGGAUCAAAAACAAAAAGAGGGACGACAGGUUAAUUCGGCCAUGGUCAUGUUCGUGGUCGUGGUCGUGGAAGGGUUUUCGGGUCUUGGAGUUUGGGACAUUUAUGGAAAAAGCUGCAUUUAGAGCCAUGAUUCUUCUGCGUCGGUCGUGAAACACCGAGCGGCGGCGGUCAAAGAUGCUCAAACUCGAAAGCAAUCGGACUGCUCAUUGAUAUAGAUGUGCUCUGGGUAUCCUGAAAUCCCUGAUCCGUAAUCUG